AUGGCCAAACGCCUUUCGCCAAGUCAGAGUGAUGGCUCUGAUGACCCUGAUGAUUAUAAUGCCGAUUAUGAGGAAGUCCAAGUGAAAAAGAGGAGACUUGUCCAGUUUGAAUCUCUGCGGCUACUCUCAGUGCACUCAACGAGUGAAAUUGAUGAUAAAGCUGCUCGAGUUCAAGUUUAUAAAUUAUCUGAAUCUGUGCGGUAUAAGAACAAGCAAUUGGAAAGAAAAGAAAGAGAACUUGAACGAUUGAGGCAACGUCAAACGACUGAUGAGAAUACGAGUUGUACGAUUCAUCGUCAUUGGAUUAACCUGGACGAGCAGAUGCGUUUGAUUGUUAUGAGAGGUUCAAGUGGUAAUGAUAUUGAUGCUAUUUUAAAAAUAAAUGCGUCUCAUGCCACAUCUUCUGCGCGAUUUCUGGAAGAAGUCGUGCAGUUGACGGAACAAGAUCGGGAAUCAGUUUAUGAUAAGCGUGUACAAACAAGUGUUGAUUUAUUAAAUCAGAUCAUGAACAUGAUCAACAAAAACUCAGAUUCGUAUAAGAACUUUAGUGAAAAUAUGUUAUCUUACUUAGAAGAUAGAAAUGAAGAUGGUCUUCGAGAUGAUAGAUUAGAAGAACUUAUUCAUGUGAAUACCAAUUUAACUGAGGAAAAUUAUCGUAUAACCCAAGAUUAUUCCGAUAUGCAGAAAGCAUAUUCGGCUCUUCAAAUACAACUUCGUGAUUUUGAAGAUACAAUCUCUCAAUACAAGACUCGAAAUGAAGAACUAAUACAGGAGAAAGCUGAUAUGGACUUUGAGUUAGAUAAAGCGAGAAAGCAAGUCAAUAAGUUGGACUAUCGGUUAUACACAGCGGUGAAGGAUUAUCAAAGGCAACUGAAAGCUGCAGCACUUGAGAGUAAGACUCACAACGGGGUCGUGUUAAGUUCCGCAUCAAGUGACGACCCUGGUACUAUGGAGGCGGACACAUUGCGAGCAGAAUUGGAGGCCCAAAAGGAGAUCAGUGCAACCCGGCUAGCAGAAAUCAAGGAACUGAAUGAAAAGCUCACUAAAUGUGUGCAGGACGUAGAACUGAACAACCAGAUUGUGGUAGAAAAUGAGCGACGUAAAAAAGAUUUUGAAGAACUUCAGAGAGUUUUCUCUAUGACAAUAGAUCAAAAUAAUCGUUACAGGAAGGAGUUGGAUGAAGCUUUGCUCGACAGAGACACGAUUCGACAGGAGAUGUUUGUUGCUGUGGAAGACAUGAAGAAAGAAGAGCAGUUGGCCUUAAGGAAGGUUCUGCAGUCUAGCGAGAAGAUCAGUAAUGAGAACAAUCAAAUUCGAAAAGAUUUUGACGCCCUGAAGCAGGAAUAUGAACAAUCAGUUGCGAAUGCACACGGGCAGGACAAUCGAGCUAAUGACUAUAAGGUUUUGUUCGGUUCCUCGAAAGCUCAGAAUGUUCAGUUGAAAUCUGAAAGUGAGAGGUUGACGAAGAAGUUGAAGGAAGCUGAUUCUCAUAUUGCUAAGUUGCAAAAAGAAAUUGAAACUGAACGUCAGUAUCUUUCGAAAUGUCUUGUGAUAGAACUGGAUGACUCCGAGAACUCUACAGCGGAGUUAAAAACUGAAGAGAGAGUGCUAUCGGAACGAGUAAAGGAUUUAGAGGAGAAGCUGGAAGCUUAUAAAUCUAUAGAUAAUGAAUCUCGAGACAAAGCUGAGAUCAAGGCAUCAGAAGAGAAGUUGCGUGCGGAGAAUGAACGAGUAACAAAGCAGCUUGCAAAGAUGGUGAAAAUGGACAAGAAGGAGAAAAUGCGUCUUUAUGAGACUGAGUUUCAAAAACAAGUUAAUGCUAAGGAUAUGGAAAUUGACGCCUUGUCAAAAGACCGAAGUGAGCUCAUAAACGCAGAAGGUGCCUUGAAUCAGGAGUUAGAAUCAAUCGGACAAGCAUUAGAAGAGUUACAAGAACAGAACGGCUCACUGAUGAAGCAGAAGCAAUAUCUAGAGCAAGAGAAAAUGAAAAUGAUGGGUGAUAGGAUUUCGAGUACUCAAGUACAGCAGAAAAUGAAAGAAGAGAAGCUUUUAUAUGAAGCCCAAGUGCGGAAUUUGAAUCGUCAAAUAAUGGCGCAGAACUGUGAACAUCUUCAUGUGAAGGAAAGUCUUUCGUUAGCGAAAGAAUCGAUUGGUGCCCGAAGUCGAGAGAAUACGUUACUGAACAAGAACGUAGACGUGCUUCGGAAGCAAUUGAUAGAAAUAUCGAUGAAGAUGGAAAGUUUGCAAGCUGCCAACGAUAAGGUAUCAGCACAGCUCAAGCAGUUACAAGCCACUAACGUUCACAAAACUGAAAAACUGGAUACUGCAACUGAAAAAGUCCGUCGGCUGAUAGAAGACAAAGCAGCGCUCAAGAAGAAGUUGAAAAUGACUCAGAAAAGUGAUAAGCUGGGUACUGCUGAUGAGAUUUUGAUGGAAGAAAUUCGAGAACUCAAGGAAGUUCUGACUUGCCCUUCAUGUAAAGUGAACAGGAAAGAUGCUAUUCUAACAAAAUGUUUCCACGUUUUCUGUUUAGAAUGUAUAAAAACCAGAUACGAUACACGACAGCGCAAAUGCCCCAAAUGCAAUGUCGGUUUUGGUGCUAAUGAUUUCCAACGGGCUUACAUCGGAUAA